CGCAUCGAUAUUUACACUUCAGCAAACGUUACGUGUGACAGACCCCUUGGCUUAUUAACCGCUACCUGUUUCAGCGGUCUUCAUAACGAUUCCAGCAUCAAUAGAGUUGUGUUGUUUACUUCUUUAUUAUGAAGUCUGUUUUAGGUACAUAACCUGGGUCAUAGUUUAUUCAUACAUUAAAUUAAAAAGAUACUGUGUAUUGUUGUUCUACUGGAAUGUCUCAUCUUUGGGGUUCUUUUAAUUCAGAAUUUGAAGAAUUAAAUCACACGGGAUAUAACAUUACCGGCGAACUAGCACAAAACCAUACCGGAGUUAAUGGUUCGUACUUCGCCCAUCACUACCCUGAUUAUGAUGGAUCUUACUAUGACUACAACUUUCACUACGAUUUAUCGCAAAUUCCAUACCCAAAGGAGAAAAAAUCAGUACCAUUUGCAGAAGCUCUGAUUAAAAUUGUUGCAUGCACAAUUACGACUGUGGUGUCUUUGAUUGGAAACUUCCUCGUGAUUUUGGUGGUGGUUUACAAUAAACGGCUUCGAACAACCACCAAUUUCUAUAUCGUGAACCUUGCGGUGGCAGACUUGCUCGUGACGUUUUCUUGUUACUGGGUGAGCACCGUGGACGAUCUGACGGAUGGCUGGAUUCUUGGAUCCUUUUUCUGCAAAUUCAAUGCUUUUGCUCAAGUGACUUCGUUAGUGGCCAGCAUCAUGUCUCUUAUGUUGAUUGCUUGUGACCGAUUCUUUGGAAUAGUUUAUGCCAUGAAGGCCCAUGUUAUAGAACGUAAAGCUUACCACAGCCUCAUACUUAUAUGGGUCUUCUCCAUAGCAGCUGGAGUACCUAUGUUGGUGAAAAAAGAACUGAUGAGUAGACAAUGGCUAGACUACACAGAAAUGUGGUGUGACGACACGUGGGAACUCAAUGCAGUGGGCGGUAACUCUGCUGAAAUCCGACCUGGCAGAGUGGCCUACUAUACAUGCAUAUCGUUUAUUCUUUAUUUCAUUCCACUUGUUGUAAUGGCUGUGGCCUACUGUUGUGUUAUAAGGACACUGUGGACUUCUAAAGCACCCGGUGAAAGAACGACGAAAGAGGUUAAUAUACAAACGAAAGUUAAAAGAAAGGUCGUCAUUAUGUUAGUUUUUAUCCUGGCAGUGUUUGGAUUGUGUUGGAUGCCAUUGCAAUUAGCCGUUUUAUAUUCGGAAUAUAAACCUCUAACAGACACGCUAUGGGAUGGAUUUGAAGACUUCUAUUACAUUGCCCAGGUUCUUGCAUUCUCCAACAGUGCCCUUAAUCCUCUACUUUACGCAGGAUUUAACGACAAUUUCAGAAAAGGCUUUAAGCAGAUGUUUGGAUGCUACAAGAAGAAGCGUUACACGACAUUAUCCAAAGUAGAUGGUGAUGAUACAUAUCAGAGUUCUACCACAAUGACACCGGUUACAAGAAUGUAAAUCUACAAACGCUCCCAUCUUAUUACUAGGAAGAUAACAGCAGCAUGUGUUAAAACCAAAAAUAUAUUGUUCAUCUUUGUCUGAAAUUUGAAAACAAGUUGACAUGAAAUAAGAAGAACAAAAAUAAAGUGUUGGUACCAUC